GUGAGCGCAGGCGGCAUGGCGGGUGGCGGGCUAGGUGCCUUUGAGCAGACUCAGCUAUGGAAGGUAAACCAUUGGUGACAUCCAAACAGAAGACUGCAGUGGUGUGUGGAGUCCCCACUCAGGUGGUCUGCACAGCCUUCAGCAGUCACAUCCUGGUAGUGGUGACCCAGUUGGGGAAGAUGGGUACCCUGUUCUCCCUGGAACCCAGCAGUGUGACUAGUGACAUCGGCAAGCCUGUGCUGACCACUGAAGUCCUCCUUGGGAGGGAUGAGCCUCUUGUCCAUGUCUUUGCAAAGAACCUGGUGGCAUUUGUGUCUCAAGAAGCUGGAAACAGAGCCGUUCUCCUCGCCCUGGCCAUGAAAGACAAGAACAUGGAGGUGGUGAAGGCCCUGAAGGAGGUGAUCCAGACGUGCCAGGUGUGGUGAGCCUGGAGCGGCCAC